CCAUGUUUUUAAAUAUAUAUUUAAUAACAAUUUUCCUUUCCUUAUUUUUUUCUUCCAUUCAAUGCUUCACACAUCCUCCAAAAACCAACGAAAAUUCCACACAAUUCUCUUUAUUAAUUCCAUGCCUUGUUCAUCAAAACACCCAGAAUUAAUAAUUUCAUUUUUAGUCCUUAAUUAGUCAUAAUCAUCAGAAUCAUAAUCAUUAUCUUGUGAUUUUGUCUUGCAGUGCAAAAGGGUAUGUCUAUUAUAGGAACAUAUUCACAUUUCAUAUACAAAGAAAUUUACCAGAGAGAUGAAAAGUAUAUUCCUCAGUGUUUUGUAAGUGGCAAAGAUUCUCUGUUUUUGCGCAAGAGUUGUUUUGAGAACAUAUUGAUUAAAAAACAAAACAAGAUUAGAAGAAGAAAUUUGCGUGUAGAAGCUUGGCCAGAUUUGUCAAGACCAGAAAAGAUAGAAAUGGAACCUAUUAAUGAUUCUGAACAGCUUGAUCGAAUUCUUGUUCAUGCUCAACAAAACUCUGAUCUUGUCAUUAUUGACUGGAUGGCUGCUUGGUGCAGGAAGUGCAUAUAUUUGAAGCCCAAAUUGGAAAAAUUAGCAGCUGAAUUCGAUACCAAAGCCAAAUUUUAUUAUGUGGAUGUCAAUAAAGUACCUCAAACUCUAGUUAAGCGUGGCAACAUCUCUAAAAUGCCAACAAUUCAGCUUUGGAAAGAUGGUGAAAUGAGAUCAGAAAUAAUUGGAGGCCAUCAGGUCUGGCAGGUCCUUGAAGAAGUCAGAGAAAUGAUCCAAAUUUACUUAUGAGUAUAUGAUGUCUUCUAAUUAAUUUUUCCUCAUUUUACUCCCUCCCCAAAAUACCAAAAAAUGUAUGUUAAAAUAUAAUGUUCUAAUAUUUUUAUUUUGUGUAUCAUAUUAUCAUAUAUAAAACAAAGGGGGCUUAUUUUCA